UAAGGAUGUUGGGCCUAUCCUUUUUAUAACUUAACACAUAAACCUGAUUAUAGACAGUGUGUAAGAACUGAGUGAUCAACUAGGACGAACUAGCUACUGACAACUAAGAAAACAUGUUCGGACUAGUCUUGAUUUCGCUGACGGUUGGUUUAUCGUCUGCUAUCGUGUGUCUGCCAAGCUUCUGCGACAACAUCGUCCAGCCUGUGCUGGACUGCAAGGGUAGCGUCAUUGAACAUUCGGGGUUCUGUGGGUGCUACAAGAUGUGCGCCAAGGUUGAGGGUGAGUCAUGUUCUUUAGCCCUGCCGCUCCUGGGUGUACCCAGCACAGAUGUUUGCGACCAGGGGCUCGACUGUGUCCCCAGUGCAACAGACGGUGUGGCACAAAGUUUCACCUGUGUUAGAAAGGCAAAGAGAGCGUCCACAGUAACCCACUGUGUGACGGAGUGCCAAAGAAAAUCUCUGAUGUGCUCCAUUUCCAUGGCCAUCUAUGAAGGACAGUGGUUCGCAAACUGUGACCAGGAAGGGAACUUCUUACCAGAGCAGUGUGACAAUACAAAUCAUUGCUUUUGUGUGGAUCGCUUGACUGGUGCUAUUCAAGAUGGAACUAAAGUACUUGGAAGUGCUAACUGCUCAGGAUUAGACAUUUUGUAAUAUAAAUGUACAGAAUGUUUAAAUAAAAAGUUCUUGUU